UGAGCGGAGUGAUGACUGGGAGGGAGGUUCACCCCCCCCAGGUAAAAUUUAACUGAUCAUCUGUGAAAAUGAACUCCUCUCCUCUGGCAGAUGCCACAGAAGUCAGUAGCCUUAUAUCAAGACUGUUAGGUCCGGGUUCAGGUUCUGUCCGCUGCCACAAAAAAAAACUGACGAGGUUCGAUUCCGGUGACCAGCAGGCUAAUCAUAUUUCUGGCGGGUUUUUGACAAGUGACACUGAUGGCAUCUGCGUGUCGCUUUGACUUCCAAUAUGCAAUAACGAGCUGGUUUCACGUACACGGGUGCGGGGGCGGGAAUCAAACUGACAGCUCUGGAUGCUGUCUGCUGUGCCACCGUCAAGCCAGUUAAACAAAUGGCCACCACAAGCAUGGUGAUGUGAGAUGAAGAAGCAGGAUGUUCAGCCGCGUGUCAAGCAAUUGUGCCAGCGCCAACCGCGUAAUGCCAGGAGGGAGAAGAUCACAGCACAGCAGCGUCGGGGAAAGAUGAGUGUCACAGAGGGGGAUCUCCUGAUCAUCUAUGAGACUGAGGCUGAGGAGUGGGCGUCCUACCUGGGCUCCAUUUUCACGGGCUCCAUCGCCAGGACAAGCAUCUGUCGCUAUGACAUCGCCACGGUGACCAGCAAGAGGGACGAGCACCUACAGCCCGGCCCCGGCGACUACAAGUGUAAGCUGCUCAUACUGUCCCGCGGCAUGCUGGGGAACCUGAAUCCGGCCCGCCGCUCCUUCCUGGCGCGCAUGCUGCAUCCGGCGAACCGCGUCGUGGUCCUGCUGUGCGGCGUGGAGACGCCGGCCCCACUCCUGAAGGCUGUGCCACUGGAGGAGGGCUUUCUGCAGGUCUCCAGUGAGCAGGACACACAGGACUACCUGGCUGCCGUCACAAAGAUCAUACAGAGAGCCCCCGCAGCCCCCUCAGGCUCUCCGGUGGACCUGGACCCCGGCUUGGUGACGGCACAGUCCGCAGAUCUGAAGCCAUCACAGCAGAGGAGGCAGUCAACUGGGGGGCUUCUGCCCAACAUCGCUGUGAAGGUGGUUCCCUCCCGGGUGCCGUGUCAGAAUCCAGGGGUGGUCUCUGUUCUACUUAAAGAUACCGAGUCAACCCCAGACAUGGAGGUGGAGUUCCAGCAGGGGGCGACGGUGAGGGUGAAGCCGGUGACCUGGAACAAGCACACGCUCCAGGUGAAAGCCCCAGACUUCCCAGCGGGGGCGGUCACGUUGGGCGUCCGCAGUGGGGGCGUCCUGCUCGGAGCCAAGGUGCAGCUGCAGUAUUACAGCCCCAUGGAGGAGGUGGCCCAACUCCUAAAGAAGGCCGCAGAUCCCGUGGAGUUCAUGUUUCAGGCCUUCCAGACUUCCUCCAUGGAGAAGGUGGACCAGAUCCUGACCUCCUCGCUGACCAGACGGUUACCUGCGGGGGGUUUCCAGGGGCUGCAGAGCACCAGCGGCAGCCGCAGAGAAGCUACAGACUCAGCGCAUCUGCCCACUCUCCUUCACUUUGCUGCCCAAAAUGGCCUCCGUGGCUUGGCCAGCGUCCUUCUGCAGUGCCCAGGGGUCGAGCAGGCCCUUCGCCUCGCCAAUCAACACGGGGACACGCCGCUGAAGCUCGCUCAGAAGCACGGUCACGGCCAGCUUGGCGCCCUCCUGCAGGAGGCGCUGGCUGGGUCAAGCAUGGAAGAAGACAACAGCGUUUAUGAAAUGAUGGGUUCAUCUGGUCAUCACAGCACUAAUGAUGACAGAGAGGAAGGUGGAGAAGAGGGAAACAAACAGGACGGGAAGGAAGAGGAGGACCCUUAUGCACUCUUUGGAGGUGUUGAUGAGGAGUAUGACACAAUCCUGGCCUCCAACAAGCCUGUGAUCAUCGCCAACCGACCCCCGGCGCCAACUCCAAGACCAGACACCAUGCCAUCUAAAGAAGACAAUACACCCUUUAUAGCUCAAGUAUUCCAGAAGAAGAUGUCUCAGGGGACCAUGGACACACUUUAUUCUCUACCUAGUAAACAAGCCAGGGGCCGGGACAUGUCCUCUACUUAUGACACUUUUACGCCCUACCAGCCACCCGGCCUGGAGGAGCUCAUCGAGCUGCAAGAACAGGUCAAAAAGGGCACCCUGACCGUGGACGAAGCCUUGGAGAGGUUCAGCGACUGGCAGCAAGUCCAAAGAGGCCUGGAUGACAUCCAGCAGGAGAAACUGCGGCAGUUGAGAGCAAGCAUUAUCAACAACCGGGAGGACGAUGAAAACGUCUAUGAUAAAAUCAACAUCAUUCAUCACACCCCAGGGGAGGCGAGUGCUGGAGACAGGGGUCAGCAUGUGGACAUGGGAUUUUACAGCAAGCCAAUCAAAGGGCAGCAGUCUAAUUUCCUUUGGAAGGCUGACAAGCGGUAAAUGUUUAAUCUACUGAUUGAAUAUUUUUACUGUCACAUUCCAGAAAUUCAGUACCAGAAAACUUACUGCUCAACUAACUUACCACAAGAAUACUCAAGAUACUCAAAAACUUUAGUGUUUUACUGUAAUAAUCUUUGUUUCUUGUAUUUUAUUAUCCAUUCCAUAAUUUUUACCUAAUGAAUGUUUUGUUUAUCGUUUAUUGCCUAAAACAUUCAAACAUAACUAAUAAUUGUUGAUGUUUAGCGUAGAUAGUACAGUUCUAUGGUAUUUUCAUUGAUGAUCAAAAUCUAAUUAACACAACAAAUUAAAUACAAUACAUGCACCAAUAUCAAAAGAUCGCAUAUUAUAACUUUAGUUUCUUUUACAUGUAAUGAAUUAAUGCUUGUUGUACUUUGAUCCCAUCAUAAAAAUGUAUCUCUAAUGUAUUUAAAGAGUGAUUUCUGAAUUAUAUUAAGUAGGUGUUUGAAAACACUUUCACAUCAGAAUACCACAAAAAUAUUCAAGAGGACCCCACCAAACGUCACCAAGUAUCAUUUGAGCAUGAACAGCACAAAUAAAUGCAUAUAUUUUUGACAAAGAAUUUCUGUUCAGAAGUGCAAAUACAAAGCAGGCCAAAUAAAACUUAAAUACAUUUGGGAUAUAAAAUGUCACAAAAGUGAAAAGCACAGCGAGCACCACUGACAGAAUGGUCACUGCAUUAGAAAACAUUGGUUGUUUUUUUCAUUUUUAACAGAAUUUUUGAAUAUGUGCAUCUUAUAGCCACUGUAACCUCAUGCUCAGCUGUGAGCUUCAGCUCUGAGGUGAAGUGAAUUUCCAAAGCUAAAUCAAUUCUUUUUUUCCAGAUUCAAAAGGUUACCUCAAUGUUCUUGAGCACUUUACAUCCACGCUUUAGAGGAUUGGUUAUGUGAAAUGUCUGAAUAGAUUUGUCACUCAGAAUUUGAUACAAACCAUUGUUUAUCCUGAGAAAUGUAUAUACUUUAUAAAUAUUUGUCUCUUGUCCUUGAAGAAAUGGUAAUAAUUCUUUGUGGGACACGGAGAAUCAUCCCUAAUCUGUCCUGCAGCUGUCAGCUGGAGUUUAAAUUCAGCUGCUCAAACAAGCUGCUUUAUCAAAUGGCAAACAGAUGCCGCUAGAAUCUUCCAUUUAAAACCUUAAACACACACAAAGAAUCACUCACAAACAAACACCGAGCAUCACCGCAUAUCUCUGCUAUCAGACAUUAAAUAUGUUCUGAAUUUCUGGCAAGAAGAACAGAUAGACCCUUCAUUUAGGAAUCUGGGAAAAGUUAUUGCCUCAUGUUUCAAAUCACAGUCUGAGAUCAACGUGCAUAAUCGUGCCAGAUAUUAGCAUAUAGGUAAUGUAUUCUCAGUGUUUUUUUACGUUUUUAUUUUUGACAGAACAUAUUCUGAUUUUGCUCAUAUAUAACACAGAAACAUAUAAUGCCUAAUAAAAGGUUAGAGCUGUUAAUGUUGCCACUAAUACUUUCUGAAGCCAAAAUUUGAAGGCUCACGAACAGUCUUUCCUACAAGCUCGGAGGUAUUCGGUAAAGUCCACGAGAAUGUUCUAGAUGAGCGCCAUUGCAGAUGUUUGAAAGUGCUGAUGUCACCGGGAAAGUCUUGCGGUAUGGGCUUUUCACCUUAUAUUUAAAUGACAUACUCCACAUUCUGGCUUUAUUUUUUGAAAAUAUAAACAGAUAAUUAUCUGUAUUGUAUUCACAUUGUUUAUAUUGUAUUCACAUAGCUAAUAAAUUUUGCAUCUGUCUCGAAGUA